UGCCCGAUUCGGCUGUCUUUGUCACUGCCUGACCUGCUGUGCGCGACAGCGAGGGUGACUUUGAUUUGACUCGGCCUGGUUGGAAGCCUGAGGUUAUAAGUGUCAUCUUGGUUGGGGGACGCAGCGCCAGAGGUGCAGAGGUGACUAGUUAUUGACUUCCUGGAGCACCGGCUUUUCUCUGGGCGAGCGGCACAAGGGACCUCGGGCCCGGGCCUCUUUCCGUCAAGAUGGCGGCGCCCAGCGCGCACAGUGUCUGGGUAGCUUGAGGUUAAGCUCAGCGACUACCGAUUGAACGUGUGGCCGCGUUGCGGACUUCGAAACACCCGCGUUUGUGUUUCCCCGGCGUAGGCUGGGGUACUGUUUCCUGUGAAGGCCGCCUGACUCUGCAUUCUCACAAGCAAGUGCACAGGCUUCCAGGCCCCACCUCGGAGAGUUUGUGAGAAGCUUCUAUAAUGGUCUGUUUGGCCUUCAUCAGAGCUGCCCAUGAGCACCUCUACCUGGUGAGGAAAGUCAGUCAUGUCUGCAGAUGUCAUCAACAUCGGGCUUGGGGCUCAAGGCCAGCUGCAUCGCAGUUUGCUGUCCAAGGUGCUCCAGGCCGUGUGCUGGAGCUGCUUGGUAAAUCCUACCCUCAAGAUGACCACACUAACCUCACCCAGAAAGUCCUUUCCAAGGUGGGCAGGAACCUGCACAACCAGAAGUUCCACCCUCUGUGGCUGAUUAAGGAGCGGGUGAAGGAGCACUUCUACCAGCAGUACAUGGGGCGAUCCAGGACACCUCUGUUCUCCGUCUAUGACCAGCUUUCCCCAGUGGUCACCACCUGGCAGAACUUCGAUAGCCUGCUAAUCCCAGCUGACCACCCCAGCAGGAAGAAGGGGGACAACUAUUACUUGAAUCGGGGACACAUGCUGAGAGCACACACAUCAGCACAUCAGUGGGACUUGCUGCAUGCGGGGCUCAAUGCCUUCCUCGUGGUAGGUGAUGUGUAUCGGCGUGACCAGAUUGAUUCCCAGCACUACCCAGUUUUCCACCAGCUGGAGGGCGUCCGACUCUUCUCCAAGCAUGAGUUAUUUGCUGGUGUAAAGGAUGGAGAAAGCUUGCAGCUCUUUGAAGAAAGUUCUCGUUCUGCUCAUAAGCAAGAGACACACACCAUGGAGGCUGUGAAGCUUGUGGAAUUUGACCUUAAACAAGUACUCACUAGGCUUGUGACACAUCUUUUUGGAGAUGGGCUGGAGGUCCGGUGGGUGGACUGCUACUUUCCCUUUACCCACCCUUCCUUCGAGAUGGAGAUCAACUUCCGUGGAGAAUGGCUUGAAGUCCUCGGCUGCGGGGUGAUGGAACAACAGCUUGUCAAUUCAGCUGGUGCUCAGGAUCGGAUCGGCUGGGCUUUUGGCCUGGGAUUAGAGAGACUGGCUAUGGUCCUCUACGACAUCCCGGACAUCCGCCUUUUCUGGAGUGAGGAUGAGCGCUUCCUGAAGCAGUUCCGCCUAUCAGACAUCAAUCAAAGCGUCAAGUUUCAGGUGCUGGUGGUGGCCCUGGCAGCAGUCCCUGGGAAAGAACCCUUUCUAUGGAAUCCCUACAUUCGCUGUUUUCAUAGAUUACCUGGCAAGGAUCUGCUAACCUCCUUGGCCCAGGAGAUUCCUGCGGUGGAGGUGGGGCUGCUGUCCUGGGGAUUGCAGAAACAGCAAGUCCAGCUCAGUAAAAUCCACACGUCCAGUGGUAGAUGGCAUCUGCUGUACUGAGCCGUUCCAGAGUUAGAGAAGUAGAAGAUUGUAUGAUAAAACAUCUUUAGUCCCUUUAAUUCCCAUACUGUAAUCAGGUACUCAUUCUAGCCUGCCAUCUUACCUGGAGGUAGAAAACCCUUUAAAGAAGACAUCUGUGGACAUUCUCUAAACAUUCCAUCCUCACUCAAAAUUAUGAGCCCUGGGGGUAACCUACCCUUGUCCAAAUUGUGCUGUUUGACGCACUUUUAUACUCUGUUUCACUAGUCUCAGGAGACAAUAAUAUUUCCAUUCAUGUUGGGUUGUUAAGUGGGACCAUAUGUGUACUAAAUAUGUGUUGUUAAAUUAUAUAUUCUAUGAAUACUAUGUGCUUAAGAGCUUAAAACUAAUUUUUGAUGGGUAGGGGAGGAAAUGCUAGAAAUGCUCAAGGCCAAUGGUCAUGGCUGGUGGUUUAUUUUCCAAUGAAAAUGAGAAAAGGUAACCCUGGUCUCUCUAGGAUGUGCUGUCCCCACUUCUGCAAAAGAUACUGUUAGUGCUGAGUUGAAUCCAACACAAAUGUGGGAACCAAGCAUUGGAUGUAAAGAAGUGAAGGGGUCCAGUGUCACAGGCUUAGGGACUCUGGGUUUUGGGUGGUAGAACAUUGCAGCCCCUUUAAAAUACAGCCACUACUGUAGCCACAAAGACAGUCCAAACCCAGUAAAGUUCACUCACCUGGUUGUAAUAGAUAAGUUGGAAACCCACGUGACACUGACCCUCCUAUGUUAAUAGAUCGUGCAUCUGAAAACACAAAGCAACAUAAUAUUGGCCAAUGAGCUGCCAGUUCUACAAGCUCUGUAUGAAACCAGCUGGUGAGAUUGCAAAACAGCUUUCCUAUUUGUCUUUUUUCUCACGUCUGCCCUUUCCCUUUGCUUACGAGGAAAGCCCAUGCCUUCUUCUUUUAAACCAGUAUAUUCCACCAUUAAACUUCUCCUCCUCCCAGGAGGCCUUAUGCUGAGUAUCUCUUGUAAGUAAUCAACAUUCAUUUCAUUGUCAGUAGGUAACAGACUUUCUAGAAUUCCUUGUGAGGAUCCACAAAUCUAAUGCUGGACUCCCUGCACAUCCUUGACGAUCUUCAAGGGUCAUCAAGUCAGAUCUCAGACUGAGGUCAGUUUGUGUCCCAGGAUCUUAGCUGCCUGUUUUCUGCACUUUUGUCCUCACACCUUGGCCAUAGGGGUCAUCUCUUUGGAAUCAAUACUCUAUCAGAUGAACUAUUUUUUUCUAGCAUCCCAGGAUACUUUUAGCUUUCCCUUUUCUGUUUUUCCCUAGAGAGCUGGCCCUCGCUAUUCACUAGGUUGUGGUGGGUGUUUCUCAACUUCUUCACAGGCUGUAUUUGUCUUGUCAUCAUAGAGCCUGGAACACACCUUCCUGACCUAUGGUUUGUGGUAGGAUUAUUGACUUCACAGUGCUGCAAAAGUGAUGUAUAUCCAGGAGAAACUGCCUUGGUUUGGUACAGUGACACACACCUAUAGUCCCAGCCCUCAGCAUAGUGAUAGGAUUACCAGUUUGAGCUCAGCCUGAAUGGUAUAAGAACAUGUUCCCAAAGCAAGUCUAAAUGAAACACAAACUGUAGUUGUGAGUUGUGUCCAUGUGUACAUGUGUUCCCAUGCUUACCGUGGUGCUGGGGAUGAAGCAUGCUAGACAAGUGUUCUGCCACCAACUACAUCUCAGCCUUCAGUGUGAACAUUGAUCUCUCCCCAGGCUGACAGGACGUGCUCAGAUCCUCUUUUGUGAUGCUGGGUGGCCGGAAGCAACCACGAUCCUCUUCAGUGGUGUAGCCAUGAGUCAAAACAACCUACACUCUACAGGGGACUAUAUUGCCCACAUUAUCUUUCAGAUGUUAUGUUUUGAUAUUUUUCAACACAAUAUAUGAGUAUUUACAAAAUACUCAUCUCUGAAUAUAUGGGAGGUAUUCAACACUUAACCAUGAAAUCAACUUUAUUUUACUGUAGCUACUGUAAAUGCCUUCUGAGUGGUUCCUGAGGCCAGCUAUGAUUCUCUCUAGGUCAUGUAUAUUCCAAGAUGGUGAUGAAGUUCUUGUGUCUAAGACUGUGUGUGUAUGAAGAGCCUGGGGCUGCAGCUGACUUGCCCAGUGCCCACCCUGAUCUACAUGGCUUGAAUGCAAUGCCGGAAGCUCCUCAGCCUCUCUGCUCCCAUGUCGGCAUCCACAGUUGGGAUCUGGUGUGGGCUUUGUGGAAAUCACUGGAACAGUAUUUACCACAGUCAGCACACAGUAAAUGCUCUCGAGUUGGGGGAUUAAUCGUUCUAGCACAUAAUGUUCAGCAGCCCUGGCUCAUCUCUGCCAGUCACCUCAAUAAUAAAAAUCAUUUUUUUAAUUUUGAAAACAGCACAACUCAUAGCUUCAUCAGCAGUGGUGUAUUUUUCAGCCUGCAGGCUGGCUUUGGUCACCUCUCCAGAUGCGCUGGGCUGCAGCAGUCCUCAGUGACUGCAUAAGCUUGAGAUGAAGCACCAUGGGACACAGCACAUCUGAGAGUGCCAGUGGCUUCUGCAGAGCCUGGAUGCUGACACUGGGAACACACUAUCAGGAAAGUGUUUUGUGAAAAUAAAUGCUGCAUAUAUUUCUUUUUGACAAGUCAUUUCCAAGUGGAAUUUUAUUUUCUGCAUUUUGUGGAUAAAUGUGAUUUAAAAGCUUUAUGUGUAGAGAUACAGGACAUUUUUGAAAAAGGAACGAGUAAAUGAGCUGGCAGUCUUAAUGAUCAGAAGCAGAGACUCUGUCGUCAGACAGGCUGGGGUCAUAGCUCCACGUAGAGGCUAUGUGACUUUGGUGAAGUCAGUGCACUCUAGUUUCUUUUCUAUAAGCUGAGAAAACCAUAAUUCAUAUCUGCUAAGAUGGGUUUUGAUUACUAUUUGUUAAGAUGUGUAUAGACUCCUUAGAUAAGUACCUAGCACACUGAAAGGGCACAAAUAUGCCAAUAUAUUUAAAAGUGACAGUCCUACACAUCUGGGUCUUGUGGGUAGACGUGAUGUGAGGACGCAUGUGAAGCCAGUGAACAGUGAGAUUCCAUGUUUCAGACUGAACCUGGAGCACUGGAGCCUGGGGCACUGGCUCCCAAUUCAUUGGGGUUUCUUGAGCAUCUUUCCAUAACAACAAAUAUUAGUGCCCCCUGCACCAGGGUGGCUCUGGCUGAUUAGGGGCUCACGUACACAGCCAGUUGAGAACCCAGCACUAUCAUGUGCUCUAGAUUCAUGAAGUCAUGACCAUCGUCUCCAACGCAGAGGUCUUCCUUCAGUUAGGAAGUCAGGGGGGUUGGGGAUUUAGCUCAGUGGUAGAGCGCUUGCCUAGCAAGCACAAGGCCCUGGGUUCGGGCCCCAGCUCCAAAAAAAAAAAAGAAAAAAAAAGAAAAAAAAGAAAAAGAAAAAGUUAGGAAGUCAGGAGUAUCAGUGUUCAUUCAAAUCCAUGGCCUACCUUGUAGAAGAAUAUUUCCAGCAUACAAUUCACUGACAGGAGAUGGGACCAAUCCACUAUGCAGACACAUCUUUAACCCUAAACUCCAUGCAUGAAAUUCUAACCCUAUGCAAUAUUUUAUCAGUCAGCAGACACAUAGCUUAACUCUGCUAAUUGUUCUGACCUCAUCAGCGCUUCUUGUUCCUUUGAUUGGGUUUUUUGGUUAUUGUUUGUUUGUUGAAAGAAGAAAGAUUUUGCUUCUCUUUUGCAUAUAUGUUUUUUCUUAAUCACCACAUUUUUAGCUCUUAUAUUCAUUUUAAAUUUCUUGAUGCCUAGCACACUGUUUUGUAAACUCUAAAAUGAGUGAAAUUUCUAGGCAAGUGGAUUACCCACAGGAAGAGUAACCAACAGUCAGUAUCAGCUAUGAGAAUUUACUCUGAUCUCUUUAAUUAUCCUAGCCUGCCACAUCUUCUAAAGCAGCACAGAUAGAAGUAUAGUGAGUUUGAGGCUAGCCAGGGCUUCACAGAAGGUCCUUGACGUCUUAGAUUUUUCUAGUGACUUUGCUUCAAGCUAAGAGUGCAUUUCCACUCUGCCUUAUUAUUCACGUUUUUUUUGCUUGUUGUUUGUUUGUGUUUUAGUAAUGUUUCCCAGGCUGACUUCAUACAUGAGACCUUCCUGGUGUGACCCCCCCAGGGGACUGGGGUUACAGCAGUAGGUUACCGUAUGUGGCUUACCGGUCACUUUCACAAGCCCUUGAGAGGGGCAGAGCACACCCUGUCUCUGAAGAGGACAUACUCUACUUGAGUCUUCCAUACGUUUCAUAGCCAUGAAAUGUGUCCUGUUCCCAAUAGUCAGCAUUUCUGGCAGGCCACUGCAGGUCCCUAAGAAGCCCAGAAGGGAAGUAGGAGAGGGUCCAUGAGUCACCUAAAGAGAACCAUGCAUCACACUUCUUCGGGCCUGUUAUGGCCCCUUUUACUCCACCAGUAUCUUCUCCUUACUGUCCAUCUUCCCCAGCUCUCAAGCCUCCCUCCUGGCUCUCAGGCCUCCCUCAUGGCUCUCAAGCCUCCCUCCUGGCUCUCAGGCCUCCCUCCUGCCUCUCAGGCCUCCCUCCUGCCUCUCAGGCCUCCCUCCUGCCUCUCAGGCCUCCCUCCUGCCUCUCGGGCCUCCCUCCUGCCUCUCAGGCCUCCCUCCUGGCUCUCAAGCCUCCCUUCUGGCUCUCAAGCCUCCCUCCUGGCUCUCAAGCCUCCUUUCUGGCUCUUUCCCUCCUCCUGAUCCAGCCUUUGACCUCCUCUUUGUCACAGCCAAGAAAGAAUGAGCCAGCCAGUGUUCCUGAGCACUGCCAUGGCUCUGCUUCACUUACCGGCCUGCAGACAGCUAAGCAAUGACAAGUACAUCCCCUCGUGAGGGCCAAGGCUCUCUAGCUCAGGGCCCUCUGACUCACCUGGGAACACCUUGCACUGUGGAAUCUCUAUGCAGCAUGCAGGUUUUCUGCCCUCCCUGGCCUCUGCCCAGCAGCACAGUAAUUCUCCUAACUCUGAGACUAAUCGAGACAGCAGAUGAAGUAAAGAAAGCCAGACUUGACUCGAAUACAAUGAGGAGGCAGUCUCCUCCCUUUCUUCCCACUGUCCUCAGCCUCCAUCCUCCAAGACACAGAUAGACAAACAAGACAGACAGAUGGGGGGGGGGGGUGGAGAAAAGGAGAAGGAUAAGAAGGAUAAGAAAGAAGAAGAUGAUCAUAAAAGUCUUGGGAAACUGCACAGAAGAAAUUUUGCCCACCACACUCAUUGGAUUCAGGCUUGUAGGGAACAGAUCCCUUCAAGUGUGGAUAGCAGUGAAACACUGCAAACCAUUUUGAGUGCUCAAGUUAUUUGGCGAGGAAGCUCUGACAAACGGCCUAUAGGAAGAUGUUUGAUUCUGUUUUAUUCAAAGGUAGGCUAAAUUUCUCACAACAUUGCUAGGUAAUAAAGGCUGUGACUGGGGAAGCAAAACAGUCUGGGACUAAUAGAGUGUGGGGCUGCAUGUUGUUGCUGCUGUAAUGGUGGCUCCAGGGCAGCAGACAGCUAGACUUGCAGUAGCUUAUAAAUAGGAGUUGUGGACACCUGCCAGGCAUAAGUGACACCUCUAGCCUUCCUCCUCCAUCAGUCCCCACCCUCAUUCUGUCUGGUUAGUCACCGCCCCAUCCCUUUCCUGAUGAAGCUCCUUUUGAUGUCUCUAAGUUCUACCUGGGAGGAAAUGCAGUUGCAGUCUUCUCCUUUGCAGGGAUGGGAAACCUUACGGGUGUCAUAAGAGGAUAGAGUUGGCACUUUUGAAAUUUCCGUAGGCAGCCAGAAGAUGUGCACUGGAGACAACUUGGCCAUCUCCGAGCAUCUGACUAGCAUUGCCUGUUCUUCAUUUCAUUCUUUAGAUUCACGUUGUGAACUGGGCUUUCUGGCUCUUCUGCUGGUGAUUUGCUAUUAGCCAGUUAUGCUAACAAGGCUCACAACUACAGACCCUACUUAGUCUCUCCAUCCCUUCUUUCCUGGGGAUUUUAGUUGGAGUCUAGGCAAAUGGCAGAAACCAUAUGGAUGAUUGGGAUUUGGUAUAAAGAAUCUAUUAUAAAGAGAUGCCACUUUUGAGGGAGGAACAAGGGAGAAAGGGAGGAAUUGUGGGCUCUGCAGGUGCAGAAGGAUACUCUUCUAUAAAGAUGAGGUAGCCAAAGAAGAGGCUGACAUCAACGCAUCAGCAUGGUAGAGGAAGGCUUCUCAGAACUGACGAUCCAACCUGAGACCUAGCUUGGUAGAGCCCAGUUCUGCAGGAAUUAGGAAACCUACAGUAUGAGGUUCAGCUGCUGCUAGUGGCCACACUGAUCUCAACUCUGUGCAGACAUGGUGCUUUUAGUGUAGACUGUAGAUUGAUAGAUGUCCAGUGAUAAUAUUCAAUAGGAACCUUGCGUUGAGUCGGCCGUUUGUCUUUACCCUAGGUACCUGAUCUAAUCCUCUGGCUCUUCUGAGCAAAGACUCAUCCUCACACCAUCUUCUCAGUCACAAGGGAAAACAGUUGGUGCUUUGCACAUGCAGGGCUGCUAUGCUUGGAUAUUCAAAAGGCAUUUAUUAAUUGCCCUUUUCCUUUUCGGUAGAUUCCAUUUACAAUGAAUGGCUUUAUCAGGAUGUGGCUCUCAUCAGAAGUAGAGGAGCAUCUGACUGUAUUUCAUCUCAUUUAAUUUUCAUAAUGAUUUCAUGAAGGAGUUUACUGCUUCUGGAGAGCUACAGGAAGCCUGAGAGACAAAAGAAAUGGCACAACCGUAGUUGGAUUAGCAGAUUUGGGGAGCACUUCAGGAAGAGGGGACACAUUGUGAGCGUGCUGUAAGGUAUGAAUGUGGGGAGUUUGGGGAGUCACAUGCAAUGUGUGGAUCCCCCCCUUCUCGCUCUUACCAUGCACCCUGAGCACAGUGCCUUCCGCACUUCCCUUUCCCCAUCCGCAGAAUCGGGAUCACACCAUCUGCCACAUCGCACCGUGAGGAUGGGAAGUGAGAGUUGAAUCCUAUGGAGGUAACCAGCAUAUAUGGCAAAUCUGAGAGAAAAGAAAGGAGAACAUGUGGCCUCAGGGUUGAUCCUGCGUGCAUGAUACUCAUUCUGAGUAUUCUGAAGAAGGAAAUUAGUCAUUAUUGUGUCUGGCAUGGCACCUCUGAGUUGGUGAUCUGGCUCGCUGGGAGCCUCUGAGAACUUGAUAGAACUCUAAAAAAGCCAUGCCCUGACCUUUAAUGGUUAAAAUGUACAGACUACCAUGAAGCUCAGGACCGUUGGAGAGGCAGGUAUAGAAUUUAGUACAAGUGAGUUGGGUGCUCUGGAAGCCAGGACCAGUGUGCUCAACAAGUGCUGGCUUCUGACAGACAGAAUCCAGUGCUGAGGUAACUAGGGGACCUACAAUUUGGUUUUCACUUGACCUUUUCAAUUUAAGAUUUAGGAAGGACAGGCUCCGGUAAUCAUCUUCAUCAGGCUCACUUAACUGCUUAACCUGUUUAACCCAGAGCUUCUCAGCUACUCCUGACCAUGACUGGCUCUCUCAAGGUGCCCUCUUGACACUCCCUGGAGCAAUCUUCAUUAGACAUCAGCCUGUGAGCACCUGCCUUUUCUCCUGAAGAAGCCUGGGUGCAGAGGUCAUUUUGUGCUGGGUCAGAGACCUCCAUGGGACCUGAAAGCACCACUGUACCAUGUGCUGAGGGUUUCUUUUGGAAAUAACAGAUUUGACUGUUGACCUGCCAUGUGGGCCAAAUCCUCUUGACUAUGUUGCCAGGGUUUGUCCUCUGAAUAAGUUUACCCUACGGAGACUUUAUUUCCUGUACAGAAUGUUCAGUUGUCCCUGGAAUUAGACAAGAAAAUAUAAAGACCAAUAGUAACUUUGACCUCUACAGUGAUGGCCAACCUGGCCUGUGCACAUGGGGCAUGAACACAUCUCACACUUAACCACGUUUUGUACUGAGCACUUAUUUUGUUCCCCUUCACUUUAGUCUGUGGAUUCUUGGAACAUAGGAGUGAGGUCUGAGUGGUCAGAGCAAAUACCACAGGCAAGGCACAUGGCAGACUGAGGAAGUGCUGGUUCUUCUGGUGGAUACAGCUUGGGCUCAGGGAGUGGGCCAUCGCAGAACCUUUUAUCUUAGUUUGAACUAUGACCCUCUGUGAAAUUUGCUAUAUAGUGUGUUAGACAUGUUUAAACAUGGUACCAAAGACAAGAAUAGUUCAUAUUUGUUCCUAUAGUAAGACAAUUGAUGUUCUUGUUUGUUGGCAUAAACUCCAAUAUUAAAAACUAGAACCAUAUAUAAAGAAAUGGCAACUUGAAGGGAAACAGGUGUAUAGACUGCAGCUAAAUUUCUUUGGCCAUUUUAUUAUACCCCAAGAUAAGCAUUAAUAUUUUUUCUAUAAUUGUCUCUUCUAUGUAAUAUUUGCUAUUUAGAAAAUAGAUAAUAUUUAAAUCAUAGAGCAUUGUGUGCAGUGGAUGCCAGUGAAAAAUGAUGUGUCACCCAGCCUGUCACCUCCACGUGUCUGUUCUUCUCUACCUCAUCCUCUUUUUGUCCUCCAGACCCUCUGUCCUUAGCCUAGAACAGCUAAGGUAUUUGUUUUCCUUUAGAGAUUUGAGAGCUUGUGUGGAGUUUUGUCUCAGCUAUCUUUCUCCCCAUUAAUUUUUGAGGUGAUAUUAGACAAUUCUAGAACUGCUAAAUUAGUAAAUGCUUUUAAAAGUAAUUAGUUUGGCUAACCCUUCUUUUCCUGGCUAUUUCUCUUCAGCUGUAAUAGAUACCCAAAUUGCCAACACUGUCAGGAUAGAUGGUCUCUGUGGAGAUGAGCCUCUGCAGAGAAGAAAUGGGGUUGGGAAGAAGACUUGCAUGCAGUGUGGAGGGAUUUGACCCCCAAGGCAUGUAGGCCAUGUGAAUAUAGAAGAAGGGCAGGGUGAGAAAGCAAGUCAGAUCCAAGGGAGGCCCCAAAGGCAAGGGUCUUCUUUAUUUGAGCUUUGAAAAAGCUACUGGACUGCUUAAACCCCUUCAGUUGGUGUUUCUUUUGUUCAUUUUUCUCCAAGGAUUCAAUAGUCAGUAAAUCGCCUCUGAUUGUAUUCAGGCAUGUUUAAAUCAUUUUCUGUAGUUAGCCCCCAUUUCUGCCUCCCAGAAUAAAACAGUGUCUGUUGGAAUGUGAAACUCUGUAGGAUAUGGGAUGGCAUUAAGUAAGAAGGAAGUAAAAUGGUAUGAAUGAGAAGGGAAACCAGGCCUGGCCAUUUUGAGGUUGCUGCAUACAGAAUACCUAUAAUGAAAACAAACUUAUUUGGCUUGUGGUUCUGGUGUCUAUGGUGUCCACACAGAAUGGUAUCAUCUGGCUGUGCCACAACAAGGCAAAGGGCUGUGCUUGCCAGACAUAUGCACAACAGUGGCCAGAUGAGGAAGAAAAUUCACCAAGUGACCUCAAUUUAGAAAAACUCACACUCUUGGUAAAUAAUCCAGUUGCUUUUGACCCACCUCCUAGAAACAAGCAUUAAUCCCUUGUGAGGUUGCAUCUGCUCCUAGUGACCAGCUCUUAAACAUCCCAUCUCCUCUGAAUACUGUCAUGCUAUGGAAUUAAGCCUCACAUGUGUUUUAGCAAGGACUAAACACAUUGUCCGCAGCAGAGAUUCUCAGAUUAGCUUCCCAUUACUUUUCCUUUUGUUUUGUUUUUUUUUCCCUCCCAUUCACUUUAAAGGAAGCAGAUGAUAGGUUCAUACCUGUCUCCUGAUAAACAUGAUUCACUGAGAAAAAUUCACCUAAAAUACAAUGAUGGCAUGAGACCAUUAAGAUGCAUGCAAGAAAGUGAGUAGAGGAUUUCAAUAGCGUGGCAAACCUUCUCAGAAGCUGAGGUGAAGCCUAUGAAGCCUGAGGUGCAGUGGGGCUUCAUUACUCAUAUUAAUUUAAUAUGGGAAUUUUUUCUUGUGUAAAAUAUCUUCUGCAGUUACUUCUUUAACUAAAAUCAUGUGAUAUUGAGCAAUGAUGUCUAAGCCUUUCUUUCUCUCUUUCUUUCUCUCUCUUUCCUUCCUUCCUUCCUUAUUUUCCUUAAACUAAAAAAUAUCUCCUUGGGAGGGUGGGGGGCGUUAAGUCUGGUACUAAAUCCCCAAGACCCACAGAAACUAUUGAACCUUCACCCUGUUUAACAAAGGCAACACACCUGAUCUUCAUUUUUCAAAUGAUGGCGUUUUGUGAUUAAUCCUACAUAAAGCCUUCUACGGUUUAAAGUAGACGUGAGAACACUCAGAAAGACGUGAAAUUCUGCCUCUCCCCUCCGGCGCUCGUCGGAGGCAGAGACUCUGUCAUAAGGCUCUGACAGCUCAUGGAAGCUGCAGUGCUUGUUCCGCAUGACUCCAUGAUGAAAGCACUUUGUUUUCUGUGAUCUUCAAACGACUGAAAGAUUUUGACAAGGUACGAAAAAAUACAGGAGCUUCCUCCCCAAGUUGGAACGAAUGUUGUCGAGAACUCAGUGAGCCUCAUACAGUCCUUGGAGAAGAAACAGAACCAAAGGUGCUUGAGUAGGCAGUCUGCUUGCCUCUGACCACGGUGUGUGCCUAGAACUCAAGGAAAUUAAGGAAGAGUAAAAACAAAAUAUUGGAACAAAAUAAGAAAAUCUGUAAAGGUCAAAGCAACAGAGUCAUGAGUUAAAAAAAUCAACAUUCAUAAUAAACCAAACCUACUAGCCAAAUUUAAUAAAUAGUUUUUAUUACCAAUUACCUAGAUGAGCUUAAAAUAAGAGCUGUCAAAUAUUUGGAUGCAGAAGCAAAUAGACAGUAUAUACUAUUUUUAUAUCAAAAAGUGGGUUUUUUUUAAAGUUCCAUUAGAUAAGAACACAAUCUCGUGGACUGGAAAUACUUGUAUAUCAGGAUAAUUAGCCUAAGAGGUACAUGAAUCAUUGGAAAAGGGAAAUGUCAGGGAAGGCACCACCGGGAUAAAUGUUGGAUUUGGUCUUAUUUACAUAAUUGUUAAUUAGGAUGAAUAGAGUUUUGGAAAGAAUAGAGGGAAUUGAGCCAUUUUCUGUGAGCCUGUAGUGGACUGAAUGCUUAUGUCUUCACAGAAUCUAUAACUAAAAUCCUAACCUCCAAGAUGAUUGUGUUUGGAGACUGGAAGUCUUAGUGAAGUGGUUAGGGCAUGGGGGCAGAGCCCUCAGAAAUGGGAGUAGGUGGCCAUAGACAGCUCAGUGAUGAGAGCUUACUUACAAGCAUGAGAACCUCAGUUAGGAACCCUGUCCCAUGUAAAAUCCUAGCAGGAAAGCAUGCUCUAUCACCAGGGCUAUUGGGGUGGGUAGGGGUAGAGACAUGGGAGGAUCACUGUGUCUGAUGGCCACCAGCCUAGCUAUAAGUUCAGUAAGAGACCCUGUCUCAGAACAGGAAGGGGGUGGGGUGGGACAUGGACUCUCUGAGUUCUAGGCAAGCCUGGUCUCCAGAGUGAGUUACAGGACAUCCAGGGAUACACAGAGAAACCCUUCUUGAAAAACCAAGAAUGUAGCCUCGUGUCUGUCUCUGUUUCUUUGUCUCUGUCUCUCUCUUCCACACACACACAUACACACCCCACAAGGAGAAGUGUACUGAGGGAGGAAGUGCCUUCCAGCCUCUCAGUGUGCUCUAGAGCUAUGAAAAGUGUUUGUUAUUUAGGCCAUCAAACUGUGGUGUUUUCGUUUCAGCAGCUACCACUAAGACAGAGUUCUCAGUUUUAAAUGAGAGGCCCUAAAACUAGGCACUAGUAAUAACAGUUUAACUCCGGUAGAUGUACAUUUGACCUUGAAUCUGCCACUUCCUGAAUGAUCUGAGGCAAACUAGAUAAAGCCCUGUGAUUCAGGUCCCUGAGGAACACUGUGGGACCUGCUGUAGUAUCUAUCUCAUAGAGCUGCACUAUGCAUUAAUGAGACAGUGCACAUAAAGUGUCUGCUUGAUACACAGCACCCCAGGGAUGCUAAGGGUAGUUAAGAAUAUAAUCUCAUUAGAAUUCAAGGGGUCAACUUAGGAAAGGUUUAAAGCUAGCUGAAAGUCAUCUUGACGGCUGCAGGAAUCUGAAGAACUUGUUAUGGGAACAAGACCCUUUAAUGUUGGACUACGGACCAAAGCUAAUCCCUAUUCCCCAAACCCAAGCAAGUAUCAUAACUAAAUGGAUGGCAGUUUGAAGGCGAACUUCAUUAUGAUUGACUAGAGCCAGUAAAACUGUGUAGUAGAGGGUGGUGCUCUGUCAUUCUGACUCAGGCGUACUGCAGGCCUAGCAUGGUAUAAGAUAAGAGGGUGGUUUCCAUGUAGAAACUAAACACCGAAUAGGGGAACACCAUGCCAAGCGCGCUAUCCACUGAGUUUACAGGGUGAACUCCCUUGAGACUUAUGGAAGGGCUACAGCAGGCCCAAGCAUGACAAUUUGGCAUCAGCAGGUCUUGCCCUUCCCUUUCCCUUCUCCCACGUAAACCAUAGGUUACAUCCUAAAGCUGGCCAUCAAGGUCUAUUUCCUUAUUUGGAUACUUAUGUCACAUUUGUUCCUAAAGCUGACUUUCAAGGCCCAUCCAUUAAAAAAAAAAAAAAAUGAAGUCCAGCAAUCAAAGUCCCCUUUUGGCCGUUCUAAUUAACAUGCCCAAGCAGAACAUAUAACCGCAUCCUAGCCCAUUCUAACAGACCUCCCUCUUUUCCUCUUGACGUCACACCUGCAGUGUCAUUGGCUGCUGUUUUCUGCCUGAGUCACAGAUCAUCCACUUUACUUUUCUUCCCCGCUUCAUAAAGGAUCUCUCUGUGGUGUGUUUUGUGCCUAAUCCAGGGUCCAGGACCGAGCACCCCACUGUGCCCUGGUCCCUUCAUUUAUGACAUAGUCAUAGAAGCUAGAGAUUGUGAUUUUGUUAUAGAAUGAAAACAAGUCCACCUUCGAGGAUUAUAAACUCAAGAGAGCCUGGAAACCUUUGUAUUUUAUAUGUGGGGGAGGAGUCUGACACAGGUACCAAGCAGUGUACAAGAGCGCUGUUAAACGGUGUGCAAGAGCACCGUUAAAUGGUGUAUAAGAGUGCUGUUAAAUGUUAUAUAAGAAUGCUGUUAAACAGAAUUUCACCUUUAUACUUUUAUUUCAUUUUCCUUGGCAAACUAAAUUCAAAUCUGACCAUACACAUCUAUUACACUUAUAUGUCCAUUGGGCUGCCCAAAUCAACAUUUUAGCCCAAAAGCUUCUGUGUAUGUGUGUUCAUGAAUUGUCACUUGUGUUAUCUACACUACUAUGGAAUGGUCUUGGUUUGGCAAAAAGGGCCCAACCAGUUACCUAGAGACUUGGAUAGUGUUCCUUUACCCAGACACAAAAAAAGACAAGCUGCUCACUCCCUCCAAAAGAGACCACAGCAGCACCAAGCAGCGUGAAUGUGGUGUCACAGUCACUCUCCCUGCUGCUGUGAUAAAACACCCUGACAAAAGCAACUUAUGGAGGAUAGGGUUUAUGUUGGUUCACAAUUUUAAAGUCAAGUCCUACAUGAUAGGUGAUCCUGGUGCCCGGAACUCGAGGUAGCUGAUCACAUUGUACCCAUAGUCAAGAAGUAGAGGGAAGUGUACCUGGGCUAACCUGGCUUUCUUUUAUACAGUUCAGAAUUCCACCUCCACGUAAUAGUCACACCCACAGUACAUAAAUCUUCCUACCUCAACUCUCCUAACCAAGAGGCUAGUCUCUCAGGUGACUGGAGAUGCCAUCAAGUUGACAGAGAUUAACUGUCAUAGUGGUGGCCUAAUCAGCAACUGGAUAGGGCAGUCUAACAUCAGAUAUGCAUAGUCUAGGAGUUUGGGACACUACAAGUCAGCCAUCACUGGGUUGACAACUUCUGAGCAUCUAGUCCAUGCCUCUCUUCUAGCCUCUGCUGGUUUUUGUCAUCUGUGGCAUCCUUUUGCUUGCAGACACGUGGUCACAAUCUCUGUUGUUAUCAUCCUAUGAUUUCUUCCUGUAUGUGUACUUGUGUCUAAAAUAAGGAUUUCCCCAAUUUUAUAAAUAUACCAGUCAUAUUCAAUUAAGCCAAUCUAAUAAAUUCCCUUUAUUUUUUGUGUGUUUGGUUUUUUUUUCACUCUAUCAGUUCUGUUCCUUUAGUGAACCCUGACUAAUAUAUAGUUGGCUUUUGUGUAGAUUCUGGGGAUUCAAACUCAGGCUCUGUUGUUUCUGUAGGAAGUACUCUUACUCACUGAGAAUCUCUCCUGUACGCAAAAGAAGGACUUUAAAGUUAAGGGUAUCUGGUAGCUACUGUAAGAUAAUAAUGAGGCUUUGAUGCAUACUUCCAUAGUUAUAUUCUUCAUACUGUAGGUACAUGUGUCCAUAUAAAUAUGAUUUAUUAGCAAAGUAUAAGUUUAGAUUUUUACUCCCUUAGUAUGGUCAUCCCAGAAAUCUCUAUUUGAACUGAAGGCCUCAAUUGUGACUGAUGCACAUUGAUUUAGGGUUUCUAUUGCUGUGAUAAAACACCAUGACCAAAAGCAACUUACAGGAGAAAGGGUUUAUUUCAUCUCUCACUUGGAAACAACGAGUCCAUGAUGGGGAGUCAGGUCAGGACCACAAGCAAAGCAGGUAGUGAAGCAGAAACUGUGAAGGAGAGAAACACACUGGUUUGCUUGCUUAGUGGGCUGGACCGUCCCAGAUCGAGCAGUGGUUGAGACACUGCCUCCACAAACUUGCCUACUAGCCAAUCCUAUGGAGACAUUUUCCCAAAAAAGAUUCCCUGCUCUCACGUAAGUCUAGGUUCGUGUCAAGUUGACAAGCCAACAGCACAUAUAUCGAUUUAGUUCUUAUUCAAAGCUGUUAAAAUCACUGGGCUUGUCAAUCUUGGAAGUGUUUUAUAAACAUCUGCAUUUGUGAAAAUAGGUUCUUUAAGGAAGUAUGACUUAAAUCUCACAUUUGCAGAGUUCUGUGCUCUCUCACAGAGAGGGCUAUUAUAUAAGGAAUGGUCCGAUUGAUGAUGCCUUAUAGGCUGUACUUCUUAGCCUGCUCCAAAAAACACGGAACUGAUUAAAAUCUAAAAAGAUAAAAUUAAAAAGACAAGACAUUGUCCCACUCUCCCACUUUAAAAAACAUAUUGUUAUGGGCAAGAGACAACAUCAAACACAAAGCAGACAACAUGAAUCCGAAAAUAUGGUGUGCCCCAGAACUAUGACAGUGGAGGUGACAAUGGAGGUGAUGGAGUAGCCCUCAUGGGGCAUCAGGACUGGACAAGCUGAGUGUGGCCUGCUUUUCCAGAGCCCGGACUCUGCUUGAAUGGGAGGGAGGCCCGAGUACUGUCAGCUGUGGCCUCUAGCUUAUGUGGAGUCUUGAUCCCAGUAACAGAACUUGAACAGAUACUGUUGCUCUGUCAGGGAUGAUGUGAGUGGGCACAGCUUCAUCAACAGACCACCAUGGCCGCCUCCCUUUAGAGCCUGGAGUUGCAAGUGAACGAACCCACAGGACUCUAGGUAAGGGAGAGUGACAACCUUCGGAGCAGUCUGUCAGCCAGGAAGACUGUGCCCACACAUCACACACUUGAGAUGCCCUACAUUCACCUGUCAGCCUUGUACAUGAACAGUCAGGUUUUAAUUGAGGUCAAGUCAAAAGCAAUAUUUAAAACAAAUGCCUCAUAUCUUCAAAAGAAGGAAUGAUGGAGGAAAGGUAACUGUAAAACAAAUAAACCAGCCUGAAAUUGUUUAAAGGGCAAAACCAUAGACAUGAGUGUGAAGAGUGGUGAGAAGGAAGAAAUUGGAAUCUCAGGAACAAGUCAUAGAUUGACUGAAGCACAGAGAAAGUGUAAGCAGAGGCUAUGAGUCUCCAGUAAGGGAAAAGUAGAUGUGCUAUUGAAAAAGUCACCUGCAAUGCAGACCCGGAUUAAACACCUCUGAAGGCCACUUUACAGAAAUGGAGGACAGACUCAGGAAUGGCCACGAUGGUCCUGAUGCUGAUCCAGAAAACAAUGGAAAGAAUGACUGAGCAGCAGUGCCUGGAAUCUUUCAGAAUUAGAUCCAGACCCAAGCUCUCUGGUUGAGAGCACACUCUGCAAACGGAGCAGAAUAAAUAAAGAUAAAUGCAUACUCACCCUCAUCAGAGGCAGACUGCAGAGCCUUAGGGAUAAAGACGCAGCCUUCCAAACUGUCAGGAAGGAGAGACACAUUACCUGUGAAGGAAUAGCACUAACUGACAGCAGACUUGUCAUCAUUACUAAUAGGUACCAGGAAAUACUUUCAAAGUGCUGAGGUGAAACAACCACAGCCCACAGUUUGUGCAAUGCCAAAUUAUUUAAGUGCAGGGGGCUUCAGAUGUGAGAAUGGUGAGACAAUUUGCCCGCCACAGAUUUUAUUGGGGGGAACAAAACCUAUUCAAGGAUAUUUGUCAAAGAGAGCAAAAGAGAAGCCCAGGUGCUAUAUGGUAGCAGUCCAAAGGCCCAGGUGUCACUAGUGUGGUCCCCAGCUGGUGAUGCUAGGAGGGAAGAAGUUAGAUCAUUGUAAAGUAUCUCUGAGAGACAUUGGAACUCCAGCCUUUCCUGUUUGUCUCCUUGAUCCGUGGCUGCCAUGAGGUGAGCAGCUUUCUCCUCUACUGUCUUUUGCCAUAAUGUCGUACUGCCUUACACAGGCCCAAAGACACAGUCAGGAAGCCAUGCAGCGAAACCUCAGAGACCAUGAGCCAAAACGAGCCAUUCUUCCUUUCCUAUCAUUCGAGGUAUUUUGUCACAGAAAGGAAGGCUAAGACUAGUAAGAAGGUUGUUAAUACCUACAACGGUGGAAGUCUUUGCUCUGCUUGUAGGUUAGCUUCAUGGUAUGAACAAAAUUCCAAGAGAUGGUUUUGUCAGAGAAAGAAUCCCAGCACAGAGGCAGCGCGAGUUCCUCUUCAUAUUGGUUCUCCCGUCCCUGAUUCCAUGACAGGGGAGAGAGGUGCACUAUAGGGCGGAGCUCUGAAAACCCUUACACUUACGGACCUUUCUAUAUUUCAGUUGUUUCCUUCCCAGUUAUUGAAAUGGUGGAUUGUUAAUGAGCUUUCACUUGGUUCCUGAGCUAAACAUUGUCAUUAUCAUUCUGCUGAGGUAACAGAUUUGUUCUCUCACCCUAUCUCACCCCAGUAGCAACUACACGUGCCUUCCACGUCCCUGCAUUAUACAAGUUGUCAUGUAGCUCAGUGGCAGAGACCUUGCCUAAUGUGUCUGCUGUGCAUGAAGCGAUGGGUGUCUGUCUGUCUAUCUGUCUCUUUCACACACACCCCCACACACACAGACAGACAGACAGACAGACAGACAGACAGACAGACAGACAUUGGCAAGGAUACUGUUCUGCCUUGCUCCUUUCUUCCUCUUAAAAAACUCAGAUUAUAAUCAAUAUUUCCUCCUUAUCUGCCUUCUUCUGGAAUGAUAGAUUUAAAACUACUUUAAUAGUUUUUCUUCUGGGACAGAAGAAGCUGUGAAAUGUAUUGCAACAAACAUAAAUAGUUCUCUAAAUGGACAUGUCAUCAGACUACCUAGUGCAUUCAUGUUUGGUUGUUCAUAGCGUCGCUCUCAGACCUCGGCAGACAUUUCUUUGCUCAUUGGAUGGCAUUUAAAACAAAACCUCACAACUAGUCGGAUAGCAGAGUAUCUGUGAAAUACUCAGCCAUAAACAUGACACCUACAUCAGAGCCCUUCUCCCCCAUGCUCAGGAAGCUUGUCCGAAGAGGGAGCAGAAUUGUUAGAGCCAGAGGUUGGGGAAGCUAGCAGUGAAGAUGUCUUCUGAACACGACAGGCUUGCUGUGCUCAUGCGCUCACAAUGGCUGCUGCCUGUUCAAGGCCAAUCCAGUCAGCAUUCUGGCAUGAGGGUAGAGGAGCUCAUAAGUCCCCACCCCUAGGUUAGCCACACUGUGCUGCAUAGUCCUGCACCUUUGAGGCAGCACAAACUUGGGAGAGGAGGAAGGGUAGAGCUGGGAGAAGUAGAGGAUGAACAUCGUCAAAUAAUUGUACACAUGUAUGAAAUUCCUAAUGAGUUCAUAAAAUGUCUUAUAUAUUUAAAGUAACUGAAAGUAUAGUUACUUAGUGUAUCUACUCAAUUCCUAAAUAAGGCAAAAAUCUUCAUUUCCUUCAACAAGCCCUUUCCAACACUUCCCGUUCUUUAUGACAGCUGUUUUGAGUUUUAUCUUUUUAAGAAAUAUACACAAAACAAGUUAUGUCACUCGAUUUUAAAUAUUUUUAUUUUCCAUUAUUCAUGUGCACAUGUCUAUGUGGAACUAUGUACACAUAGUGCAGGUGCCUGCAGAGAUCAGAAAGAGGGCGCUACAUCCCUAAAGCUGGAGUUGCAGGCACUUGUGAGCUACUCAGUGUGAGAACUUGGAAACAAACUCAGAAGUUCUGAAAGAGACAAUAAACUAUUAUGUACCUAGCACUUAAGAUUUAAAAAUGACGUAAAACUGAAAGAAUUACCAUGAUAGUUUACAAAGUGAUAGUAGUGAAUAAUUUUAUUAUCUGUUAUUAGAAGCUGAUGGGUCAAGAAAAAUUCAACAUGUAAAAUGAAAGAGAUGUAGAUUUGUAGGGUGCACUGAAGUCGGGAGCUGUCUGUGUGUGUGUGUGUGUGUGUGUGUGUGUGUGUGUGUGUAAAACUCUGUGCCAAAAUGAAACAGGUCCAGUUUCAUUCAACCACACUGAAAACAUGUUCAGACUUGCCCGUGUUCUGUGUUAUAGAGCAAGUUUCAACAAAAGCAUAAAUAAUUGUUAUCUAUUUUUCAAUGUCUAUGUAAUUAAAUUUGAAAAUAGCAAGCGUUAUUUUUAAAGCUGGAGGUAUAGUUUCAUGAUAACUGGAUUUUUAUCCCCACUACAGAAAUAUGUCUAUAUUUAUAUAAAUAAAUUCUAUAAAAGAUACAGAUAUUUAAAUGAAUAUAUUUGAAAACUAAAAGAAUUUAUUACUGAAUAAUAUAAAAUAGUGACAUAAAAUGCAAAUUUUUCAUGCUCAACAACAAAAAUACAAUAUUAAGCUGCUCAGUAUAUCUAAAGAUGUAUUUAGAGAGACAUGUUCUUAUUUAAGGGCAAGAAAGCCUUCACACAUAUGAAUUAAUCCUUCACAUAGAAGAACAGAUGGAAACCAGUGAACCAAGAAGAUAAGAGAACUCAAGCCAAGCUGCUCCGUGCCUGUACUAGCGUCUGGAAACAGUGGAAGGCUCUCAAGCUCUGGCCACCUAGCUACAGAUGAAACUCAGAGAGGGAGGGGGGGAUUAAUUGAGAUUUUAAAAAAUCUGCCAGUAUUCUCACAUCUGACUUAAUACAUGGUGUCUGGAAACUGAACUCCCUGCUCCCCCAGGUCUGGGGACUGCACCCCUAAAUGAGUUAGCCCAUGAUAAGAGAAGCAAUGAGGUAAGGUUAAUGGACUUGGGGCAUAAGUUGUUAAAGAAAUAUUUUCAGAUGCUUUUCAACAAGCUCACGUAGCCCAGAGAGCAUGGCGAAGUGCUACUUUAAGUGUCCAAACUGCAUUGGCAAACUUGGGUCCUAGACACGCAUCCUAAGCCACAAUGAAUUCAACUAGAGUUCACUGGGCAUUUAUGCUAGGCCUCGCGGAUGGGCAAAGCAUGGUAGCUUAGAGGAAAAAGUGAGACUUGAACUCAAAAGGUACUCUGAGUAGUCAGGAGGCCAAGGGUGAGCCUGAGGGCAUGAAAGCACGUAACUCCAUGAUCUUCUUGCCCUGCACCAAACAUGAAUAAAUGCACUCUCGGGUGUGCUAUGCAUCAAUAAUUGCCAUAGAGCAAAGUAAAAACAGUGAUGUACAAUACAGAGAUCUCAAGCUCAACAGUGUCAAUGCUGUAUUAAGCUACUCACUCUAUCUAAAGGGGCACUUAGAGAGACAUGUGCCAAAGGGUGAGGUUUGAAAGUGUAGAGAGCUCUAGGAUGAACCCUGUAUAAUAAAACAAGGAUUUCUGUUCCAAGCCCAUUGGAAGCAGCAGCCAUCAUAUAAAGAUAAACAAGAGUGUGUCAUGAAUGUUUAAGUGUGUGAAUCUCUAAGUAAUUAAAAAAGCCAACUCCUGCUCACAAAGGUUUGCUUCUUGAAAUUCUAUUCAUAGCUUUUAAUUAGUUUUAAUACUCUUUGAUUUCAUUUGUGUGGGUGAGAGACAGACAGACAGACAGACAGAGAGAGAGCUUUUGCAUGUGGAGGCCUGAGGUUGAUGUCUGGAAUCAUUUUUCAUCGCUCCUCCAUCAUAGGGAGUCAAGGCAUCUAAAUAAAAUCAGGAGCUCUUCAGUAUGGUUCCUCCUACUAGCCAGUUUGUUCUGGGCUCUGGAUCCACCUUCUGAGACUAACUGAGCAUUUCCUCAGCCUCUUUAAUUCUCUACUGCUUUGCUGUGAUCUGCUCUGUGUAGGGCAGGGGAGACCGCUUGUUCUGAGACUGCACCUUUGGUGAUGCUCCUAAGAUUGUAUGGUUAAACCUGGUGUCUGCUGCCAGUUUUUUAAGGUAUUUACUUUGGUUAAGGAAGUUGCCUUCUGGUUCAGAUUUGCUAAGUUUUUUUAUAAUGAAUUAAUAAUGAAUUUAUCAAAUACUUCCUCCUUAUGAAAUAGUCAUGGGUUGUUUUUCUUUGCAUGUUAAUUAUUUUUGGCUUGAAAUCACUCCUGUAAUUUUAGAAUAAUCCUUUCUGGCCAUCUUGAAGCUUUAUAUUAAUGUACAUUUUAACUGUACUAAUGUUGUGAGGACUUCAACAUAAAUUAACGGAUGGUUUUCUUCAAAUGUGUGCAGGCCUUGUCUUCAGGCCUCAGAGCGUGGGCUGAGCUGGCCUUCUCUGUCUCACGAAUACGUUAUAUACAGAGAGUAGUUCCUUACCCUAGGAACCACAAACCCUCAGUCUAACCUUCUGUUGUAAGAUUUGAAAAAUAACUUCAUUCGAUCCAUAGUUGCUGCUGUGGCUUUUCUAUCAUGAGUAGACACUAUGUGUUUAAUCCAAGUUUUUUUUUUUUUAAUGUAAAAACUAAAAGCCAGUGCUAGAGCCUGAUUCUUACGAGACAAGUAUUCUCUCACCGAGCUAUGGAGCUGCUCACCACCCCCACCAUGGUAUUUUGGUGGUUGAGCAUUUAGUGGCCCACAUCUGGGGAAUGAAUCAUGGCUCAUGUCAUUAUUUACAAAGGAGUCAGAUUCCUGUUGAAAAGCACUAGAUGUUCCAUUGAUAUCUACCAGUUAGUAAAUAAGUGUUGCCUGUCUUCAUCCCCUUCACCAUUGCUGUGAUUUAACACCCUGACAAAAAGCAUCUUAAGGAGAAAGAGUUAUUUGAGCUCACACUUCUAAGACACAGCCCAUCAUGAAGGGAGUCAAGGUGGAGGGAGCUUCGAGCAGCUGCUCAUGUCAAAUCCACAGUCCAGAACACAUCUGCACAGCUCGUGUUCUCCUUAUACAGCCCUGGACCAAAGCCCAGGGAAUGGGAAUUGUCCUGCCCACAUUAGCAGGUCUUCCUACUUAAUAAAUGAAAGUACGCAUACAUCUCCACAGAUGCCCAGCGCCAUUCUCACAGGUGCUUCUAUCAAGUUGGCAACACCAAUCCUCAUCCUCCAUUUAGUUAAAGUAGUACUUUAGACUUCUUAUGUUUCUUAGCUUCAAAAUUGAUUAUAAUGCAAUUAGUUGUGUGGAUUGUUACUUUUAAAUGUGUGGGGAUUUAAGCUAUACUUACUAUAUUCAAUAUAUUUUAAGUAUCUUGCAAGGAGGCAUUCUGCCUGACCAUGUCACAAUAUUGGCUUGUCCACAGGCUGCUAGCAAAGAUGCUCUGUUGGAGUAACUUCCCCCAUUUCUCUGUGACCUUGCUUUUUAUCAGAACUCAGAAAACAUGGUACCUCGGGUACCCAUUGAGACUGAGAUCAUAGUCUCAGCCUCUAAUCUCCCUAAAUUCCAAUGUUUGUGGAGAGAAAGGGGAUAUAAGAAAAAGGGAAAGCCUCAUGCAUAACCACAGAAGUGCCAACUGCUCUCAGCAUCCCCAGGUUGUGACUACAGCAUCCUGCCUUCCCUCUAGGGAGAGAAAGAAAGCACAGGAUGCUUAUCUGAGUCCAGAGGGUUCUCCAAAGAGCAGCCACAUUUGUGAUACUUUGAAAUGUGUGUUCUAAACUGACUCAUUUGUUUGACAACUUAUUGAUAUUUCAAGUUCAAUAUUCACUUAUGUAUGAGUCUUUAGUUCUUCAGAGAGUGUGCCAUUUAAAAAUUUUAUAUUUUUUCUAAUCAAUGAUUCACUAAAGGGCUUAUAGUAAUACCAGAUUUAGCAUAAGUCAAUUUAUACAUCUGCCCAUCUCGAAAGUGCACAGAUUUACGAGAUAUUCAUGUAGGAUUUUCUAGUUACAUGUUACAACAUUUCUCAUUGUGGUAUUACUUAUAAAGAGUGUGUGUGUGUGUGUGUGUGUGUGUGUGUGUGUGUGUGU